AUGAUCCGUAAACUUGCAAAUGUCUAUAGUUUUAGAACAGGGCAUGCUUAUAAUAAAUUAUUAUCUGGUCAUGGUACUUCAAAAUUGUCCAAAAGGCUGUCAAGUUCAUCGAAUUCAAAUAGUCGUCAGCAUGUUUUUUUUAAUUCAUUGAGACCAAUUCAUCAAUAUAUGCGUCUCAAUUUCUCAUCGAGAUUUGCAUCAACUAGCGCAAAUGAAACUACUGUGAGGCAUAGACGCUGGCGUCGUCUGAUUUUUUUGUCAACUUUUGUUGUAAUUGGUACUGCAAUAUUAGUAGAAUUAGAUUAUUAUACAUCAGAAGCUCAAUCGAAGGAGCAUGAAGAAAAGGCUAUACGUAUUUGUCGUAAAAAAGGUGGUCCAAAAGAACUAAUGAUUGCAGAGCAUCUUAUAGAUGAAAAAGAUUAUGAAGUUGCCUCAAAAAGACCAAGAUUAGUCAUUCUUGGUUCAGGAUGGGGUGCUGUUUCCCUUGUCAAAGGAUUAGAUAAGGACAAAUAUCAUGUCACUAUAGUCUCUCCACAGAGUAUUAUUAAAGGAGUUGACGCACAUUACAUAGAAGCCAAGGCUACAGAUAUUGUUUUUGAAGACAAAUUGGUUGAAGUAACACCUGAAAAUGAUCCAAAUGCCUCUUUUUAUAUUCCUUAUGAUAAACUCGUAAUAGCUGUGGGUUCAGAGCCAAUGACUCAUGGAAUAGAGGGCCUUGAAUAUUGCCACACCUUAAAAAGCAUAACUGAUGCACGUGGAAUACGAAAAAAGAUCAUGGACAAUUUUGAAAAAGUCGCUUUACCAACAACAUCCCCAGAAGAAAGAAAGCGGCUUUUAAGUUUUGUCGUCUGUGGCGGCGGACCAACCGGUAAAGUUCUUUCUUUUUAUGAGAGAUCUGUUCUUAGGGAUGAAGUGCAAGUCAGCAUAAUUCAAAGUUCUGAUCAUAUUUUGAAUACUUAUGAUGAAAAAAUUAGUGAUUUUGCGGAGAAAAAAUUUAAACGUGAUCACAUUAAUGUUAUUACUAAUGCACGAGUACAAAAAGUGGAAUCAGAUCAUAUCAUUUACCGAAUGAAAACUGAACAAGAUACGAGGAAACUUGAUUAUGGAUUAUGUUUAUGGUCUACUGGAAUUGCGAUGAACCCUUUGACCAAGAUUAUAUCGGAUAAGUUACCGGAGCAAAAAAACACACGUGCUCUUGUUACAGAUAAUAGAUUGCGCCUUAAGGGUAUCCAUGAUUCUUCCGUGUACGCAAUUGGGGAUUGUUCAACCAUCGAAAAUCCAAACUUGGUUCGGGGGCUAAUGCAAUUCUUUAUUGAUGCUGAUGUCGAUAAAGAUGGAUUUUUGACCUACGAUGAAUUUGUUAUGUUGGCAAAAAGGAUUAAAAGAAAAUAUCCACUUACCGCUAAUCAUUUGAAACGGGCCGAUCAACUUUUUGACCGGUAUGAUGUUGACAAAAGCGGUACACUUGAGCUUGAUGAAUUACGUUCCAUGUUUGAGGAUAUUGACAAAAAGGUCACUUCUUUACCUUCGACAGCACAAGUGGCAAAUCAACAAGGUAAGUACCUUGGUAAGAAACUGAAUAAAAUAGCCUUGGCUACCGGAACAUCCAUCCUACCAUCAUCAACAGACUAUUCAGAGGAUUCUGAUAGUAAAAAUCCCGAUGUAGAUGAUAAAUUAGCACCAUUUGAAUAUGCACAUCUUGGAUCAUUAGCGUAUAUAGGAAACGCGGCAGUAGCCGACUUUGGAUUUGGAUGGACAUGGAUGGGGGGUUUGAGUGCUGUAUAUUUGUGGAGGAGUAUAUAUUUUAGUGAACAAGUUAGUUUAAGGACUAGGACACUUUUAGCUUUUGAUUGGACAAAGAGAUCACUUUUUGGAAGAGAUAUUUCAAAGUUUUAA